AUACAAUGCGUUGCCUCGUCUUGGCAGCGCGGUGUUUCCUCAUUAGGCUAUACUUUCUGAUAUAG